AUGAGGCUGUGGCAGUGGGUGCUGAUGUGGGUGUGGCUGGCUAGGCUACAGGCCAUAGACACAGCGCCCAACCCAGAAAGCAUCAAGGCUUUAGCCCAGGGAGCAGACUCUUCAGCCUUCAUAGACAGAUCUGACUUCUUUGAUUAUCCAGACUCAGACCAAACUAGCCUUCUGGCUGUAGCCCAGUUUAUUGGAGAAAAACCUGUCAUCUUUGUUAAAUCAGAUUCCGGACCUGGGUUCUUCCAUCACAUCCUGGUGGCUGCCCUGGUGGUGGCCUUCUUCUUCCUUCUUUUCCAGUUCUGCACCCACAUGAGCUUCCAGAAAGGAGCUUAA